AUGCUCGCCGCAGACAUUCAGCAGGCUCUUACAGAUGGCCGAAUACCCAAUGGCAUCUCCACUGAAUACCUCGCUGCCAGCAAAGAUUCCGGCGCCGAGGCUGGCAUCUUGGCCGUUCUCGCUCUUGCGUUGAUCAUAACAGCCUUGCGCCUCUACGCUCGAAUAUCUGAUCCACGAGGUCUGGUCCUUGAAGACUACUUGAUCAUAUUAACAGCUGCACAACUCAUCACCUUCGUCGGCCUCUGCCUCAAACUCCUCGCCCUCGGCUCCGGCAGACACAUCGAAUACAUCGAAUACGUACUUCCCCUUUCCACCGUCAACACGACUGAAGUCCUCGACUUCACCGCGCACAUCAUCUACACCACCGCCCUCUACACCUGCCGCAUGUCCGGCCUGAGCUUCUAUCGGCGGCUCUGCCUGCGGCAUGGCGUUCUCUCGCUUGCCGUCAACAUCUCCUUCGGCCUCAUCACAGCCGGCUUCGUCCCGCAGCUGUUCCUCAUAAUCUUCCACUGCACCCCCGUCACCGGCUUGUGGCCGUAUCCGUGGCAACCGGAGUAUGCGUCCGGCCGCUACCAUUGCAUUGACUGGGGCAUCGUCUACCUAACCAACUCGAUUGUCAGUCUCGUCAGCGACCUGAUUCUGUUCGUCAUCCCCAUCGCGCUGAUCGCCAUCUACCGCGGUUCGAUCAAGAAUAAAAUUAAACUCAGCGUCGUACUAAUCCCUGGUAUACUCGUCAUCGCCAUCUCCAUCACCCGCCUCGACCUCGUCCACCGCGGUUGGACCGACCAGGACCAGUCGUGGUCUUACGGGCCCAUGCUGGCCAUCGAGACGGCCGAGAUCGGCGGCACUAUGGUCGCGUUAUCGGCGCCCGCGCUGAAGGUGUUUUUCGGGCGUGUGUACCACGCCUCUACUUUCCACAGUUCGAGCAAAGACCGGGCGACUGGAAGGCGGACAAACGACUGUGGAUACGGAGCAGGGGUGCCGGGGGCAAGGGCACGGGAUGCGGGCACCGAGUUGGAGGGUUGGCAGCGUCGAGGUGUGGUAGGGAAUGAGACGGUUGUUGGGGCGAGCGCGGAGGAGUUGGACGGGGAGGAUGGGAGGGGGAGUGAGGAGGAUUUGCUGGUUGUGGGCGUGGGCGUGGGGAGUAAAGAUGGGGGUUUGAAGGUUUCCACAACGGUUAAAAUGAGGACGUAA